GCCGGUAUGAACCGUGCAUAGCUAGCCCAUGGACAUGGAGUCGACAGUCGAUCGUACGAUGAAAUUAUCACAACCUGGACAACCACCGGCAAGUUUAGCCGAAUUAGCCCACCUUUGGUAACUAAGCAUUCUUGCAAGAAAUCCCACUGUUCGAUAUGCCGUCUAAACGCAGCAAAGGUACCUACACAUGGGAAGAAAUCCAACGUAAGGAUGGUAAAACCGAUCCAGAGAAAUGGAUUGUUAUAGAUGAUGAGGUAUAUAAUGUAACCAACUGGGGGAGAAAGCAUCCUGGAGGAAGUAGGGUCAUAUCACACUACGCCGGACAAGACGCCUCAGAAGUGUUCGUGGCAUUUCACAAAGAUCAGAAAUAUUCACGAAAGUUUAUGACAGCACUGCACAUUGGUGAAGUAGCAUCAACAGACAAAAGCAGAAAUAAAAGUAUAGUUGACGAUGUUAAAAAUCUUCGUCAAACAGCCCAGAAAAUGGGUUUAUUCAAACCUAGCAAAACAUUUUACCUGGUACAGAUUCUACAUAUCCUCCUUCUAGCCAUUGUAGCUUAUGCAGAAAUGUCUUACUUCGGAGUUACCGUGCCAACCUUUAUUUUUGCAAUAGUCAUUCUUGGAACUGCACAGGCGCAGUGUGCUUGGUUGCAGCAUGACUUUGGGCAUAAUUCAGUAUUUGAGGAUAACAAGUUCAACCGUCUGGUGCACUUUCUUAUCAUGGGUACUUUGAAGGGAGCAUCUAGUAAAUGGUGGAACCACAUGCAUAAUCAACACCACUCCAAGCCGAAUGUGAUUGAUAAAGAUCCAGAUGUAAGGCUUGAGGCUUUGUUUGUGGUCGGUGAGAAGAUGCCGGUGGCAGUCGCCAAGUCCGGGAAGUCUUCCAUGCCGUACAACCACCAACACAAGUACUUCACGAUAAUUGGGCCUCCCCUUCUGUUUCCUGUGUAUUUUCAAUUCAUGUUAUUCUGGUACAUAUUCUCAAGAAAAGAAUGGACCGAUCUGUGCUUUACACUGUCCUUCUAUGUUUUGUUUGGUGCAACAUUUGGUAACCUGUUGUCAUGGUGGCAAGUUAUUUUACUUUAUGAAGGAAUGAGAGUUCUUGAGAGUAUCUGGUUUACAUGGGUAGCCCAGUCUAACCAUAUACCGAUGGAGAUUGAUAAGGACAUGCAAAGACCAUGGUUAGAGUUACAACUAAGGGCUACCUGUAACAUUGAGAAGUCAGCAUUCAAUGACUGGUUUACAGGCCACCUCAACUUCCAGAUUGAACACCACAUUUUCCCCAGUAUGCCAAGGCAUAACCUACACAGGAUUACCCCACUUGUGAAGUCAAUAUGCAAGAAGCAUGGUAUAGAGUACAGAGUGAAGACUUUAGGAGAAGGUUUCGCGGACAUUUUGAGGUCCCUGCAUAAAUCUGGACAGAUUUGGUUUGAUGCAUAUUAUCAUCUUCGUCAUGACCUUUAGUUGCUAUGGUAACCACAUCAACUGUAUCAGACCUUUGAGGACAACUUGAGUGUCCACGCUGUCAAUGUCAGUGGACCUUUCCAGAGUGUCAAAGAAUCAGAAUGUGUUAUUUAAAUGGCGUAGACAAGAAUACUUGUAUUCAACAUAUACACAAGUUUGCAACUGCAUGUAUCGGCUGUUGCUUUGUAGGGCUUAGCAACCAUGUCAAGUGGUGGGGUUUAGUGGAAUGGUCCAAUAGCUGGAAGUAGUAUUAAGUAUUUAGGUUGUGUUUUUUUUUAAGCAAUACGAACACAUGUGCAAGAGAUCAAAAAACAAACAAAUCUCCAAAGCAAUUAUGAAUUCCAGUAGAUAUAUUUUUUUUAUAUAUAUAUAUUUAUUCUAUAUCUUAAAGAUAUGAAUAAGUACAUGAAGCUCAAUACAAGAAACUCAAUACAAGAAAGCUGGGCGGAUAAAAUAUAAUUUUUAAUUUAAUGUUUGUUUUGUUGUACUUUCCUUCAUGUUAUAAACAGCUCAAACUGAAGAAAAUUUUAUCAUUAAUAAAAAAUUAUUUCAAAUGAGACAAUUUUAUCAUUUCAAAAUUUAUAACUAUGUUAACAUUCAAGAUUUUUGUUUGUUUUCUCUCACUUUUAUCAUUUUUAUGUAUACUGUACCACUUCGAAAAGCGGUACUUGAAAGUGCUAGCUGUUGAAAAAUAUGAAAUAUCAUGAAUAUUUUAUAUUAGAGGUUAUUUUUUGUAUUUUUUUAUGAACAUAAAAUUCAAUAAUUUUGUUUUAAUCAAACACGUUAAUGCAUGAUUAAUUUUUAUAUUAAAUGUUGUAAAUAGAGGAUUAAAUAUGAAACUAAUUAUGUUUAAUGUUUUAAGGAAAUAUAUGGAAAUAAAGAGAAUUUAUUAGCUGAACAAUUCUUAAUAUAUUGGGAGCAUGAGUUUAGAAUACUGUCACCAAUGAGAAUUUACUACUAUUCGUUUAAAUAUUAGAUCAAACACAGAGAAUGAUGUCUUAUUUACAAGCCCGUAGCCAGGGGGUUUGAAGGUUUCAAAAGAACCCCACUCUUCCAGAAAUGCCAUUUAAAACUAUUAGUAAAAACUACCAUUUGCAUAAAAUACAAAUAUAUGAUAGUUGUCAUUUUAGUGCCAUUUCCAGACAUCUAACAGUGGUGGGUGUAGACCUUCAUAAAAGAAAUUAG